AUGGAACUUGAGAAAUCUGCUGAAGAAAUCCCUGAAUCUAUCGAAAAACUAAGCGCUGAUUCUGCCGGACAAGCGCAUUCAGAGCAGGACCUUGGGCACAUACACGAAGAGGCUUUCACACAAGAGGACAGCGAACACGUGAAAGAAACUGUUGACUAUUUCCAUGGAGAAGGUACCGAGCUUAACGGGCAAUCUCAAAGUGAGGAAUUUAUUCGUUCUGAAACAGCGUAUGUCCAGGCGGAUGAAGUUCCCAUCCGAUAUGAUGCAACAGAGAAUGUUCAGGCGUGUGCUCCAACCGUGGUCUUCGAAACAGUAGAAAAUUCAUUUGCUGAAAAAGGAGAGGACCAUAUCCAUUUGGAAGAUGCCCAACGUGGCGAAGAAAUACUCGGGAGCUCCAAGGAGGAAGCCGCUGAUUUUGGGUUGAUAACACGGGAGACUGCCACUGGACAAGAUUUUGAACCUGUGAGCGAAAAUAUCUUCCCCCAUGUUCAGGCCGAAUCCAGUGAUGAACACGAUAAAGUAAUUGGAGAGGAUCAAAACGAGCCUUCAGACAUAGUGGAAGGUCAGUAUCUCGAAGGGGUCAAACAUUUUGAGAAACAACAGCAAGAAGAUGAAAUUUUGCAAGGAGAAUCGGUAAACGGUGAGGAGUUUGUUGAGAAAUUCCCCGCAGAACACAAGGAGCACGUCGACCCAUCUCAGGAAAUCUCGGGUGUCCAAGAUUCCGAAAACUCUCUUGAGCGCGGCGAUUAUGACCAUCUGCCACAUACUGAAGAUCACAUCGAGGAACUUCCGACUGAAGGCGCAAAGCUUGAAAACAUGUCUCAAGUUUUAGAUGUUCAGUAUUUCCAACAGCCUGUCGAAAAUGAAACACACGAUCGUCUAUUGCAAGAAUUCACUGAGCAUACUGAAGAGCCCCUGGAGCAGCCUUUCGCUAAAGAUGCGGAGCCUGAAGGGAUAUCCCAGGAAAUCUCAGUCCAAAAACCACCCGAAAAGGAAACAAAGGAUCAUCUACUGCCCGAUCAUAAUGAACAUAUUGAGGGUUCCGCCGAGCAUAUUCCUGAUAAAGAUGCAGAGCCUGAAAACAUGCUCCAGGAAGCCAUAGAUGCUGAGCAUUUCCAGGGAUCGUUUGAACAUGAAGUACUGGAUCAUGAUGAACACACUGAGGGAUCCGUUGAGGAUGUUACCGCUAAAUAUGCAGAGAUUGAAGACGUGUCUCAAGAAGUCUUAGCUGAUGAGCAUUUUCAGCAGCCGCUUGAAGACGAAACACGAGAUCGUCUACUGCAAGAAUUAGCUGAACGUAGUGAAGUGCCCGUGGAGCAGCUUUCCGCUAAAGAUUCGGAACCUGAAUACACGCCCCAAGAAACUAUAGAUGCUGAGCAUUUCCAGGGGUCGCUUGAACAUGACGUACAGGAUCAUGGAUUGCACGAUCAUGAUGAACAUACCGAGGAGUCCGUUGAGCACGUUCCCACUAAAGAUGCGGAGCUUGAAGAAAUGCCCCAAGAAGUCUUAGAUGCUGAGCAUUUCCAGGGGUCGCUUGAACAUGACGUACGGGAUCACGGAUUGCAUGAUCAUGAUAAACAUACUGGGGAGUCCAUUGAGCAUGUUCCCGCUAAAGAUGAAGAGGUUGAAGACAUAUCUCAAGAAGUCUUAGAUGCUGAACAUUUCCAGGAGUCGCCUGAACAUGAGACACAAGACCGUCUACUGCAAGAAUUUACUGAACAUAAUGAAGAGUCCGUGGGACAACUUUCCGCUAGGAAUGCAGAGCUUGAAGAAAUACCUCAAGAAGUCAUAGACUCUGAGGAUUUUCAGCAGCCGUCUGAAAUUAAAACAGAUCACCUUCUGCCAGAAUAUACUGAACAAUCCGCUGAGGAAUUCCCGGCUGAUUUCGCGGGGUUCUCAGAUGUGUCCCAGGUAUCCCCAGAUACACAGCACUCUGGACAAACUCCACAAGGAUUUGGUAAUGAUGAAGAGACGCUAGAUGAUUCAAAGCGCAUCGAUGUGUUCCAGGAGACCCUGGAGAUCCAGCAUCUCGAACAACCUCCUGAGUACGACGAUGGUGCUCUUAUGCAACUGCAAGAUACUGAACACGUUGAAAAGUUUUCUUCAGGGUCAUUCAACCAAGACGUUCAACAGGCUGACACAACCCCGGAACUGUUGGAUAUCCAGUAUUCCGAGAUUCCCGGACAACACACUCCAGCAGGAGAUGUCCUGCAUAGUGAUGUUGAACGCGAUAUCGUAGAGGAUGACUAUAUACCUCGGGAAACCUCAGCUAACCAACUCUCUGAGCAAGUCCUUGAGCAAGAAACCAAAGAUACCCCAAAGUUUGAAGAUAUCAACGAGGAAAUUCCCGAUGAAGCUACGGAUUACGGAAAUGAUUUUAUAAAAAUUGCGAAUAGUCCACAGCUCGAACUUGAAGGUGAACGGCAGGUGCAACAAAGUGAGGGGCACUUUGAGAGUGAUUCUAUGGAAGAUUCAGCCCAUCAGGAAUCCCAAAAAGAACUCAAACCCGAGUACAAUGAACACGUUUCGGAAGAUGCUGGAAAACCUUUUUUGGAAAGUACUGACUAUAGUGAUGAACCAAACCUCGUUAAACGGGAACAUGUGUUUGAGCAGGAUGAUGCGAAUUUGGAUGCAGAGUCUGUACCACCGCAAGUCGGAGAAUCUCACUCCGAUCAAACUGGCAACAAUGCACAUGAGAAUAUUCAAUCAACAGAAGAAAAUACCAACGACUUGCAUCCGGAUCAAGCAGGAUGGGCCGAGUCUCAUGAGUCAGGGUCCGCAGAACCUAUGCCUGAUAACGGUAGCAUCAAUGGACUGGAUGUUGGGUAUUUGCAGCUCGAGAAGAAUGUUCCAGAAACAGUUGAAUCCAAUGGGGAUUUCGAUCAUUCGAUGAAGCUACUAAAUACAGGAUUAAUCGACCAACAAGACUUUGAUUCUGACAUUUCACGGAGUCCUAAACCGACGGCAGCCUGUGAUUCACCGCAUGAUGAAGAUCAACACCCAAAUGGCCUGCCUGUUAGUGGUGCAGAGAACCUCAUCUGA